AUGCAACACUACAUUGUACGCGUCCUUCCUGAAUACGAUUUUUAUGUUGCUUGGGAAAAUCCAUUAACAGUAUCAGAGCUUAAAGGAGAGAUGUUCCUUCAACUUGAAGCUAACACUCGCGACAUGACAAUCAUUUACAAGGGUGAAGUCCUCAAAGACGAAACUUUCCUCCCAGAUGUUGGAGUAGAAAGCGGCUCUAUUGUAUAUUUGCAUGUUAAAAAUCUUCCAGAUCUUUUCCUCAUGAGUCCAAAGAGAUUAAUUAACGAAAUUUUCUCUCUUUACAACAACUUGACAUGCGUCAGCUCAGAAUGCUUCAAAGCAGCAGUCAAUGAUAUCAAAUUAUACAUAGAUUCACCAAGGCUAAAGCCAAUCUACAAACUUGUCCCAGAAUUAAAAGAAUUAUUCGACGAUAUAUUAGCAGAUAUAGACUCUAUGGAAUUCCCAUUAGACUAUGAUGACUACAGAAUUUACUCAAAAACACAGGAUGACUGGUUUAAUCAGUGCGAAUUGCCACCAAACGGAAUGUCUCAGAUAAUGCACGAUGGCACAGAAAUCGUUAGUAUUGCGGAAGUAGAAAUAGCAAACGAUGACUUUGAAAUGGAAGAAAAUCAUGAAGAUGAAAAUGCAGAUUUAGACGUUACAACAAAUAUGAAUUAUACACCUUCUAUUAAUUCUAGUCCUUUACCGACUACUAGGAGUUUUAUGGCUCAUAAUGAAUUCUAUAAUAGCUUGUUUGAAUAA